AUGACGGAUGCUUUCCCCGCCGCCCUCACAGGGCCAACCUCCAAGGAGCGCAAGUAUGAUCGCCAACUGCGCCUGUGGGCUGCAACUGGUCAACAAGCCCUCGAGGACUCACGCGUUUUACUUGUGAAUUCUGAUGGCCCACUUGGUCAAUAUAACACCGGUGUGUCCGGCGUUGCGGGUGUCGAGACCCUCAAGAACCUUGUCUUGCCAGGAAUCGGUGGCUUCACUAUAGUUGACCCCGCAACAGUCACCGAGUCUGAUCUCGGUGUCAAUUUCUUCCUGGAAGAAGAGUCACUUGGCAAGUCUCGUGCCGAGGAAACCUGCCGACUACUGAGAGAAUUAAAUCCUGACGUGCAGGGAUACCACUACUCCAAGCGCAUUGAGGAUCUCAUCGUCGAUGAUGACUUUUUGCCCCGACACAAGCUGGUCAUCAUCUCUGGCCCGAUCAGACGAUCAACAUUAGCGCCUCUGUGUUGGCAAGCAAAGAAUCUGGGCAUUCCUGUGCUGUAUCUUCACUCUGUAGGAUUUUACUCCACAUUUUCGGUUCAACUUCCAGCGGAAUUCCCUAUCGUUGAGACGCACCCUGAUCCAGAAUCCACCCAAGAUCUGCGUCUUCUGAAUCCUUGGCCGGAGCUUGUUGCUGCAGCUGCCAAAUUGAACGACUUGGACACUCUCGAUGACCAUCAACAUGGCCACGUCCCCUACAUCCUUCUAUUACUCCACUUCCUGGAGCAAUGGAAAACAUCACAUGAUGGCAACGCACCCAAGAACUACAAAGAGAAGACCGAGUUCAGAGAAUUUUUGCGGGCCCAAGCACGAACUUCCAAUCCCGAGGGAGGCGAGGAGAACUUUGACGAGGCUGUUUCCGCUGUGCUGAAGACCAUCGCACCUUUCGAAUUGCGCAGCUCGAUUCGGGAGAUCUUCAACAUGGAUGAAUGCCAGCAACUAACCUCUAUCUCCCAAGACUUCUGGAUAAUCGCAUCAGCCAUCAAAACUUUCCAUGCAUCACAUGGCGUUUUGCCUCUUCCUGGCUCUCUGCCCGACAUGAAAGCCCAGUCAGCAGAUUAUGUCGCACUGCAGAACAUCUAUAAGACCAAAGCACGACAAGACAUCGAAGAAGUGACGGCGACGGUACGCCAGCUCGAGUCCCAAAUCGGUCGCCAAUCACCAGCCAUUCUCGACCGGGAGAUUGAAGUGUUCUGCAAGAAUGCCGCGCAUAUUAAGGUCGUCCGAGGUCGCGAUAUUCCUCAGAUCAGCAUUGACAGCGACGCCUCCACAUUGAAGAAGAUCCGAAGCGAGCUCAAUAACGAAGACUCUCUCAUCCCCAUUUUCAUCGCUACUCAGAUCCUCGAUUCAGUGGUGGAUGAAAUCCAGUCCAACGGCUUAGAGAAGGAGAGAACUGUCAAUGACAGUGCUCUCUGGCACAGUCACACGGAGCGCAUUCUAGCUUUACUUACUGGGGUGGAUGGGUCUGCUGUUGAGCCGGCGGCGCGGGAGCAAGUCGGGCGCGCAAUCAAGGAGUUGUGUCGCGCCGAGGGUGGUGAGCUGCACAACAUUUCUUCAUUGACGGGUGGACUUGUUGCGCAGGAGGCAUUGAAGGUAAUUACUAGACAGUAUGGUCCACUGGACAAUACGUGUGUCUUCGAUGGAGCUAGGAGUAAGAGUGAGAUGUACAGGCUGUAA